GCAUCUUUCUGCAUCUUUGCUCUCGGCCAAUCGUUGCGGCCCCUCUGCAAAAUUUGAACGGCCGACCAAUCUGGGCUCGCUAUUUGCAUCUUUGCUGACAGCCAAUCACGAUGCCCCUUUUCCAGAAUUGGGUUAGCGCGCCGCCGCAGAAAGUCCGCAGAACGUCCGUUUUUUCUCUUUUUUUCCGAGAGAGAGACCGGCCGGUUCAAAUUUUCAAUCAAAAGACGUCGAGAAGAGUUCAACUUCAUCCUCAACCACAAAACAAGUAAGAUACUGUUUAAUUAUUGUGUUAAGACACCUAGCUAGCCCGAUAGGUAUUAAAUAUUUAUUACAGAGAACAACGAAUAUACAGAGAAACGAUUUUCACGUCGCCGUCAUCGACGGUUAGAUUUUGAAAGGUGUUUCGUCUAUAAUUUACAGUUUGACAUUGCUUCUACAUGUUCAUAUCAAUAUGGUUCACUAGCACUGCAUACGAUCACAGUGUCCAUUGAUAAAGGUAACAUUGCUUUCAUGUAGUAUCGCGUUACGCUCGUCAUAAGCUAACGUUAUAUUAGUUUUAAAUGUAGCUUUUCAUACCUCCAUGCAAAAUCCUCUUUUUUUGCGCUAGUAAUAACAACAUAAGGAGUUCAGAUGAUUGUGCACAUUUGGUUUUUCUCCGAGAAAAAUAUAUGAUCAUAACGUUACUAUCCUCCGGUACCUCCAUUCAUUCUCAACAGUAACGUUACAGUAUAACAUCAGUAUAAUGUUAGAGCAUAUUCAGUAUAUAUUAUCAAAGAGAUUUGUAUUGUAUUCGGGUGUUGCACCUGUUGUGACACAAGGCUUAACUUGAAUAUGUUAGACUAAUUGAUAAUAAACUGUGUGUGACUGUAUGUAACAAGCACUUAUAGCAUACUACUUCAUUAUACACUGAGCUGAAAUGUGUUAGAAUUUGCUUCUUUGUAUGCAGGUGUUCUUAUAAUAGUGCAAUAUAAUAGUGUACAUAACUGUGCACAUUGAUUUGGUUAUAUUGUGUCAUGAACUGAAUUAUUAUAAACCUUAGUAGGUUUGGUAUGAACUCCAUGUUUCUUUCUCAAUUGAUGACAGAUGGCUUCCAAACCUAAGAAGCACAGAUCUAUGGGCGAUGACGAGUGGAUGUCCCGCCUGCGUAGGUUCGCUGCCUCGGGGGUCUGGCCCUCUGAGGCAGGAAACAGGCCGGCACCACGCCAGAAAAAGUGGCAUGAUCUGUAUCAGAAGAUUGAGAAAUGUCCGAUGCAGCAGAGGGGACAGGCGUCUCUGUUUGGAGGGACUCGGGCCUGUAACUGCGGUUUCCAUACAAACAAGCCUUCCAGCUCUGUCCCUGUGUCCUCUUUGGGGACACCUCAACCAGGCUCCUCAUCUGCGUGUUCCUCGUCAGCUGCCGUAAAACCUGGGCAGAUGCCUCAAAAGCGGAUUUUGACUUUGUCAUCAUUUACAAAGCCACGGUUUGGUGGCUCUCAUGGUGCCAUGUUAAAGCCAAACUUAAGUUUGGCUCGGAAGCAUUCACCUAAGACCGCUGAUGUAUCCAGCCCCAUCAUAAGCCCCACAAAAAGCAGAGUGUCACCACCUGACCGCAGUCCCAAGACGUUUCUGCAGAUCGUUUCUCCUCUGUCUCUUCCUCCCUCUCCUGUUCCUGUAUCAAGCCCAGCGUCUUCCAUUCUGCCCUCCACUGCUACAGCUGAAGUGCUAUCUGCCACCUCCUCCUGUGUCUCCUCUGGAACCCCCUCUGCUCCUCUCACCUCGCCAUUGCCUAAGAAUGUGGGGAUCCCACCUGUUUAAGACACUGCCU